AGGAGCCCGUGCGUGCGGGGAGAAGGGCGGAGAGAACGGGGUCGGUAUUAGCGGUGAUUGCACCUUCAGCUCCGCGGGGCGGUGGGACGGAGUUACGGCGGUCACACGGACUUCAGAGAGUUAAUUAUAACAUAACAAACCAAAGAAAUCCGCGUCAGCCCUGCGCCGGACAGCGGUGGAACUGCUCCUGGUGGCAGCAGGAUCCCCAGACAUCGCCCAGCAGCUGAGACCUUCACUGGCCUCCCUCGGGAAAAUCAAACCAAGCUGGUGGGACCCAGAAGCCUUCUGAGCAAUUAGCACUGACUCAUCCCCGCCCUGGGGAGGCUUGGCAGAAUUCAGGCUGUGUUUCCUUGGCUGGAGCCAUCCCUGCAGGGCACAAACCUCAGCUUUAAGAAGCAAGAACUUGGGCUGAAUCUCUGAGUUUAGACCUCCAACCUCAGCAUCCUGAUCUGGUGCCGCCUUUGGGAGGAUGAAUCAGGACAGUUACUCAAGUGAUCAGCCCACGGGCCAGGACCCACUCCUACUGCUGAAAACCCUUCAGCUUCUGUGGACAAAGCAUGAGCUGGGGAAGCUCAAGGAAGAAAUCAGGCGGGGCUUUGCCAGACUGGAGGACCCUUUGGCAGGACUCCUGGCCAUGCUGGAGAGCAGCAGUGAUUGGAAGGGGAAAGGGCAUUCCCUGGGGUAUUGCAUCAUCACGGAGCUGCAGCUUUGGAUAAAAGCACAUCCUGCUGUCCCACAGUCUGGCACCAAGCUGAAGAAGCUGCAGGCCCGUGUGCUCGGAAUGCUCUCCCAGUGCCCAGCUAAUCUGCUUGACCCCCUGAUUAGCAUUUACCAGCUCCACACAGCGGACCGGAACUAUUUGCUUGAACAUGUCAGUCAUCUUUAUCUCCAGGGCAAUUACAAAGAGGCAGCCGUACUGAGUAUUAAGCUGAAAUUACAGCCAGAUCAAGAUGUAGAGAAGAUGUGUACCCCACUACUGCUCCAGGAUAAAGCCAACUUGGUGGAAGAUUAUGUGGCAGAAUAUCCUGAGCUCCAGAGGAAGCUCUUGCACACCUUGGACAUGUGGUGUGACCCCAGCUUCAAUAUCAGAGACAUCACAAGACCGUAUCAAGGCCUGUCCAGGUACAAACCCGAAAAAUUUAACCGCAGAGUGCUCAGCAAGCUGGUCUUCAGGCUCCUGGAGAGAUUCAACGUUGACCCAGCUCUCUGCCCUAAUGUCAUAAAUCAGCGGCACUUGAGAACCCUGAAUUACCUCUUUUACAAGAGAUUUGUUGAGAAAACCAUGACUGAGCAGAACUGGGGAGACCACAUUCAGAGCACAGUUGGGGAGAAUCGGUGGCUCCAAGGACACCUGGUGCAGUUGCUGCUCCGGCACUGUGAUGUGCCCAGCGCGGCGCGGUGGGCGCGACACUGCCAGGUGCCCCCUGAGAUGCUGCCUCGGGCUCUGGCUGAGGAGCUUCAGAAGCUGCACAUCCAGGACAGGGUAGAAGAGGUCACAAAAGCAGAUAAUUAUGAGUCCAGUAAGAAGAAGGACUAUUACCAGCUUCCUAUUCCACGGGAAAACAUUCACUUUCUGCAGACAUGGGAGGAGACACUGCAGUGCUGGGAGAAGGUGCUGCAGCCUGGGCAGGUCGUUGGUGUGGACAUGGAGUGGAAGCCUUCUUUUGGCAUGGUGGGGAAGCCCCGUGUUGCCCUCCUGCAACUUGCACUGAAGGAUGAGGUGUUCUUGUUGGACCUGCCACGGCUCCUCGAGCAAGCUGAAGCUGAGGGGGAGAAGGACAAGCUUCCCCAUUUCAUCCAGAUCCUCUAUUCAGAUGCAGCCAUCACUAAACUAGGUUAUGGGAUGUCUGGAGACCUCAGCAGCCUAGUAGCCACAUGUUCUGCUCUGAAAGACACAGAGAAGCAAAUGCAAGGUGUAGUGGAUCUUCUUGCAGUGGACAAACAGCUGCAGUGGGGGAAGGACAGCCGGAAGGUCGAUGGACUGUCCCCGGAGCACAGCCACGAGGAGACAGGGGUCAGGCAGCCGGAGAAGGGACUCAGCCUCCUGGUGCAGCAUGUGCUGGGGAAGCCUCUGGAUAAAAGAGAGCAGCUGUCAAACUGGGAGAAGCGGCCGCUGAGAGAGGAGCAGAUCCUCUAUGCAGCUUCAGAUGCCUACUGCUUGCUGGAGAUCUACGAGAGGCUCUGCAAGGACCCCGAGAGCUUUGGUCUGGGUUCAGACCUGACAGAAAGUCUGGUGGGAAAACAGAGCAAAAAACCCAGGGUAAAAAAGCAGCUGAAUAAACAAGAAGCACCAUCACCUUCUGGACAGGAAUGCCAAGGACCCAGAACAGAGCCCUCACGCCCCCCUGCCCCCAUCUCCCCCCAGGAGUUCAGUGUGGUCUGUGACAACAUGCUGCAGGGCCUGGGGCGCUACCUGCGCUGCCUGGGCGUGGACGUCCGGCUGCUGGACAAUGAGGAUGACCACAGGAAAGCUGCUGAGAUUGCCCGACAGGAAGGAAGAGUCAUUUUGACCUCUGGACUCCCGUAUCAGACUCUGCGCUCCCAGGUGGGAGAAGGAAGGUGUUUCUCUGUGAACUGCUCCGAGAAGGCGAAGGAACAGGCACUGCAGGUGCUGAAGCACUUCAACGUGCAGGUGUCCCUGAGUGACAUCUUCAGCCGCUGCCAGGUAGGACGAGGCUGGCUCGAGCCCCGGCUCCCACUCGCUCACCGCUCCCUGCGCCGCCUCGGCGUUCUGGGCCUUGCACUUGGUGUCUUCUUGGUUCCCAAGAGUUCUGCUUGAACUUUGGCAGCACCUGGCAAAGCUGUGAGGAGUUCUGAGUGCAGCCACAUCCAUCACAGUGCUGAGGGCUCAGUCAGAGGAUCAGAGGCUCUGCAUCUGCAGCUUUGCUAGAAACUCACCUCUUUUUCUGAUUUUUGGUACUUGGCACGUGUUUUGGCAUCAGCUGUCUUGGUUAGACUAUCUUUGUUGCUGUCUUCUCUGUUUAGGACACAUGCUGUUUUAAUUACAAACCAUGUUUAAUUAUGGCUCUAUGAUUCUGUUAACACUUAAUUACUUUAAUAGGAUUUUUUUCA